AUAUAAAAAAUAAAUAAAUAAAAAAUAACCGUGGGAAAACAGCGCCCAUAAGAAUCGGAUUGAUUUGGUAGUUGCUGCUGCUAGUGUGGUAGUUGCGAGCUGCUAUGAUGUCUCUUCUCUCUACUUCGUCUUCUGUUUCUCCUCUUCAAUUAUCCUGCACUCAGGAAUGUAGGUUUUUAUCACCAUCAUCAAUUUCGUGUAGUCGAAUUACCAGAACCAGAAGCAUAGGUUUUAAUCCCCUUCGAGUGGGUAAUCGGAGUCGAAUUACAGCGUUUUUCUUCAAUCCUGCACAAGACCCUCUCGUCAAAGAAGCUGUCAAGGAACCAGUGGCAUUCUUAGGUGGGAUAUUUGCUGGUAUUUUAAGGCUUGAUUUGAAUGAGGAACCUCUGAAGGAAUGGGUUAUGAGGACUGUUGAAGCUUCUGAUAUUAGUGAAGAAGAAACCAAUGCAGAAGAAUCAACUACUGAAGCUGCUCCACAAGAGAUUGAAAUUGAAUAAAACUUGUACCUUUAUUUCUUUUAAAACUUGCAUAGCAUCAGCAUGCAACAUCACAAUAAUAAUUGGUUCAAUUGCUUAUAAAUUAUAAUCUUCUUAUCGCACAUUUUUCAUAUAGAACAUAACAGUUGUGGUCCUUUCUCUUCGUCUUUUUUAAAAUGGCAAAUUGUCAACAUUCAUAGCUUGGCUUAUUAUUGUAAAGUCUGUAUCUAUUGCUACUGUCAGCUAGAUUAUAUUCACAAGUGUUUUAUUUUGGAAAUCAAAGACAAAGGUACUUUUUGUUUGCACCA